AUGUUAGAACGACAGUAUGGCCUAAUCCGUAUUGGUAUUAUAUAUAUUCUAUCGGGUAUCGGUAGUAUUUUACUCAGUGCAAUUGGUUUUUCACAAUACGCUUCCGUAGGAGCAUCAGGAUCAAUCAUGGGUAUGUGGGCUGUUUGUGUUCUAGACAUGAUUCGUAAUUGGGAGGGUUUAAAACAAUCUGGGAUACCAAUAGCUAUUGAUACAAUCUGCAUUAUUGUCUUAUUUAUAGUAGGAUUUUUUGUUCCAGUAUUUGACUCCAUGGGACAUUUAGGAGGCCUAUUAAUCGGAAUUCUAAGUGGAUUAUUGUUCUGUCCAAAUUUAUAUUGGAAGGUUGACACAGAUAAUGCUGUGAAAUCAAGAUUGUUUAUAAUGGGAAUAUCAUCAAUCUUUUUAUUAGCAUUUUUUCUUGGUGGAUUCAUUGGAUUUUUUAAAACAACUGCUUCGCCUAUAUUUACAGUCAAUUGA